AUGCUCUGGAAAUCUACUCCCUCCACCCUCCUGUCCAGCUCCUCCCAGCCAUUGCUCUUCGUCUGGGUCGGAGCCCUCCCCCGACUGUGUGACGUGUUGCGGGUGCUGCGGGAGGAACGGGAGCAGUGCCAGCAGGAACUCUCCAAAGACAGGACAGGAGACCUGGGCGUGGAGCAGCCAACCCCAGCGACUGCCACCCUGCCUUCUGCCAGCACCAGGCCAGCGUCCCUGUUGGCCCAGCCUGACAUGACCCAGGUCAGGAAGACUGCCAGACGCCCUGGCAUCCUCCCCAUCUGUCUGGCCAGCUGGACAUGGGUCAUCCUGCCUCAUGAGCUGGUGACAUCAGCCAGCGCCCUGGCUGACCUGGCCAGCACAGCCCUGAAUCCUUUCUCCCAAACAGUCUGCGAGGGGCUGUGGGACAACAUGAGCUGCUGGCCCUCCUCUGCGCUGGGACAGACUGUGGAAAUGGAGUGCCCACGAUUUCUCCAGAUGCUUACCAGCCGAAACGGUUCCAUAUUUCGAAACUGCACACAGGGCGGCUGGUCGGAGACCUUCCCCAGGGCUGACCUGGCCUGCGGGGUCAACGUGAACGACUCGUCCAAUGAGAAGCGGCACGAGUACCUGCUGAAACUGAAGGUCAUGUACACCGUGGGCUACAGCUCCUCCCUGGUGAUGCUCCUGGCUGCCCUCAGCAUCCUCUGUGCUUUCCGGAGGCUCCACUGCACCCGCAACUACAUCCACAUGCACCUGUUUGUGUCCUUCAUCCUGCGCGCCUUGUCCAACUUCAUCAAGGAUGCUGUGCUCUUCUCCUCGGACGACGUCACCCACUGCGAUGCCCACAGGGUGGGCUGCAAGCUGGUCAUGGUCUUCUUCCAGUACUGCAUCCUGGCCAACUACGCCUGGCUGCUGGUGGAAGGCCUCUACCUCCACACGCUCCUCGUCGUCUCCUUCUUCUCAGAAAGGAAGUGCCUCCAGGGUUUCAUCGCGCUCGGAUGGGGUUCCCCAGCCGUUUUUGUUGCUUCGUGGGCUGUCACCAGGCACUUUCUGGAAGAUGUUGGGUGCUGGGACAUCAACGCCAAUGCGUCCAUCUGGUGGGUCAUUCGAGGGCCUGUGAUCCUCUCCAUCCUGAUUAAUUUCAUCCUUUUUAUAAACAUCCUAAGAAUCCUGAUGAGAAAACUUAGAACCCAAGAAACAAGAGGAAAUGAAGUGAACCAUUACAAGCGGCUGGCCAAGUCCACCCUCCUGCUGAUCCCGCUCUUUGGAAUCCACUAUGUUGUCUUUGCCUUCUCCCCGGAGGACGCCAUGGAGAUUCAGCUGUUCUUUGAACUGGCCCUCGGCUCAUUCCAGGUGCAGCUGGAGGUUCAGAAGAAGUGGCAGCAGUGGCACCUCCGUGAAUUCACACUGCGCCCCAUGGCCCUCAACUCCUCCUUCAGCAACGGCACCAGUGGCCUCACCCAUGGCACCAAGACCAGCGCCCCGGAGCCAAAUCGAAGCACCUGGAGGGCGAGCGUCAUCUGAGAGGCUGGAGCAGGGCCACCCAUGGACCCAGAGGCCAAGAUAGGUCCCGAGAGGGCUGGACACUGUGGCAGGACAGUCUGUCUUCCCAGCAGACAGCAUAUGCUUACUCCUGUGACUAAUAACACCCUUCCUCCAGGCCUGGGGUGGGGGUGGGGGGGUGGUAGUGAUGAUUCCUCAGAACUGAAGGAACUGGGGCCUCCCUGGGGCAGGAAGAGGGCCUGGGAUCUGGGUCUACCGUGUUCUUCUGGGAAGAGCAGUUCAGGGGUCCCAAAAGGGGGCAGGGAAAUAAAUGGUAGCUGGGAUGAGAUUUGGUCUGAAUUUGUCAGUCUUCUUGCCCUUGAGAAAUGAUGCGAGGGAGGAUGCUCUGGCUCGCUCCCCUACCCCUCCUGGAGGAGGGGGCUUCCCUAAUCACUGCCCCCCUCCAGUUUUCAGAGACAAGCUUAGAAGCCCAGGAAACAUGAGAAAUCGAGGCCCUUGGCCCUAGGAUCUCCCCACCCCUCACGGCAACUCACCUGUCCA